ACAUGACAACACAGAUCGCCAUCGACCCAACAGGAGGCAAAGGCGCAUAGCAGCUCGCCUUCGCAAGGCCAACGCUCAGAAAGCUAGCGCCUCAAUGCCCUCCUCUGAACCCGAACCGCAACCCAGCACCUCACGAGGUUCGGAUAUGCCGGUCAGGCAAGCCCGGUAUGAUCCUAGGAAGGCCCCAGACAACCGAAGGCCUCCUUCCAACAAAGCAGGCGGAGUAGCCCAACCCUCGACAUCCACCAAACGCACUCGCUUGGACGACACCAACUCUCCGAGGGGUGACCACAAGAGGGCCAAAUUGCUAAAUCGGCCCAAACCGACAUCAUACGCCAACGCUGCGAAAACCGACCCUGUUGUGGCCAUAACAUCUACCACUACAGGGCAUAUUGACGCGAAUAUGGCACAGCUUAUACAAAGCAAGCUUGAAGAUAAGCUCAUGACAGCCAUGAUGGCCGCUAUGAAUGAAGACAGAGAAGGGCCUGCGUUUCUGGGCAAACCCGUCUAUGAUGGGGGCAUCCUAAAACUGUGGUGCUCUAAUCUUAAAACAUUGGAGUGGCUGAAAAUAGCUGUCCCGGAAAUCCAACUCCCUAACGGUGACACCCUGGCAGUAAAAAACAUCUGGGAAAUUCCCAACCGCGUCAGGUGUGGCAUUCUACUACCAGGUGAAUGGAAGGACACCAAAGCAAUCGGCGGGAUGCUACGGUUCCAGAACUCUUGGGCCAAAGUAGACAGCUGGUUGUUACACGCCCUUUAUCACCACAACGACCACAGCUUCAUCGUGGUAAGCAUCCCGGAGGACCAAAUCCCCAAAAUCUUGGAGCAUGAGCGCCGGCUAUCAUUCAUGCUGGGCUCAGUAUAUCUGAAGUUCCAGGGGCCAGGAGGUAAAUACACCGAGACCCCCCCCUCUAAGGAUACAAACGGUGAGGCAUCGACAACAACUGGGAAUAAUAUAGACGACAGUGAUGCACUGCCGGAACCCAUGGACGCUCAAGCAAUUGACCCAGCAGACGGCAACUGCGCCACUAGCUCUCCCUCGGAGGAAGUUCUCGAAAGCCUAAAGGAGCUCGAAGAGCUUCUGGCGACGGGCACCAAAGGCGAUGCCGACUGCACCAAGGGCAUUGAAGAGCUCUGCAUCGGGGAUGGCGAGGAGGGUGUGCUAUCCAAAGAUGGCAUCCCCUUCUAAGUGCAGCACCAUCCAAAUAAACCUCCACCAUAGCGAAACCGCAACGGCCCAACUUUGGAAAUGGUUGGAGGUUAACCCUACAGCUCUUGCCCUAAUCCAGGAGCCGUGGGUUAGGCGGGGCCGGAUAUGCCAUCUCUCCAAUAUCGGAGAGACUUAUGCGCAAUAAAAAUACUGGACAGACACAUCCUUCCAACUCACCAGAGAGCGAUAGUGGUCGCCUCCGUCUAUAUGCCGGACGGGGAAGACCCACCGCCGGAAGAACUUGUCAAACUGGUGAACUACUGCGAGACAACCAAGAGCGAGCUUAUUGUGGCUGCAGACUGCAAUGCACAUCACCCGCUCUGGGGCAUGCAAACAACCAACAAAAGGGGUGUCACCGACAGCCCACUGUGCAGAGCCUGCACGGAGGCGGACGAAACGGCCGCACACGUCAUUUUGGAGUGUAGGAGUGUGGCCUCAUACCGGGCCAAACACCUGGGGUCACCGAGGACUCUCCCCGAGGUCAUGGGUGACAUCAGAGGUUUGAUACAUUACCUUGAGGAACUAGGGUGGCAGGAUUAGCCGCCCUCCUCACCACGCAAAAUAGGCGCGCUGUAGUCGUCGAGUUGCGGAUAAUAGCCCGUGAUAACCU